CGAUACUAUCAUCUCAUAUCAGUAACCAAAAAACAAAACUAAAACAUGGGGUUCUUGGGUAAGAGUGUAUUGGUGAGUCUCAUUGCACUUUGGUGCUUCACUUCCUCUGCCUUCACUGAAGAAGUGAACCAUGUGACUCAAACACCUUCCUCUGCUCCUGCUCCGGCUCCUUACCACCACGGCCACCACCACCCACACCCUCCCCAUCCCCACCAUCCUCACCCGCACCCUCCGGCAAAAGCCCCUGUUAAGCCACCGGUUUCUCCACCAGCUAAACCUCCGGUUAAGCCUCCAGUUUACCCUCCAGCCAAAGCCCCAGUCAAGCCCCCAACUAAGCCCCCUGUUAAACCACCAGUUUCUCCACCAGCCAAACCUCCGGUUAAGCCCCCGGUUUACCCUCCGACCAAAGCCCCGGUUAAGCCCCCAGUUAAACCUCCAGUUAAGCCACCAGUUUCACCACCAGCCAAGCCUCCGGUUAAGCCCCCUGUUUACCCUCCGACCAAAGCCCCUACUAAGCCCCCAACUAAACCCCCGGUUAAGCCUCCUGUCUCUCCUCCAGCCAAGCCACCGGUGAAGCCACCGGUUUACCCGCCGAAGUUUAACAGGAGCCUAGUCGCCGUUCAGGGUACGGUCUUCUGCAAAAGCUGCAAAUACGCUUCUUACGACUCGCUCACUGGCGCCAAACCAGUUGAAGGUGCAAAGGUGAGACUAGUUUGUAAGAGCAAGAAGAACAUAGUCGCAGAGACCGAGACAGACAAGAACGGAUACUUCUUGUUGUUGGCUCCGAAGACGGUGACCAACUUCGGUUUCAGAGGAUGUCGUGCGUAUCUUGUGAAAUCAAAGGACUACAAAUGCAAUAAAGUCUCCAAGCUCUUCGGUGGAGAUGUCGGCGCCGUACUCAAGCCGGUGAAAACGCCGGGAAAAUCUUCGGUGGUCAUUAACAAACUCACCUACGGUGUCUUUAACGUCGGUCCUUUUGCGUUCGACCCAGUAUGCCCCAAAUGAAGAUGAUUGAGAUGCUCUGGUUACUUUCUUGAAUACGUUAAGUUCAAAAGAGUGAAUUGGGAGAGAGCGAGUUAUGUGUUUCCGCGUUGCAAGUGUUAUCUUAGCUAGAUUUAAGUUAAAUGUUUGUGUUUUAUGAAUGUGGUCUUUUUAAUGAAUGUGUCCUUAAGUGACGUUUAAAGUUUCGUUUGAAUAAAAAUAGCCAUAUUCAAGAAGAUCA